AUGUACCUUUACGUCUCUGGUGAGUCGGUGACCCCCGCUGUGCUCUAUGCGCUACAUAGCGACCUUUUCUCUACAGGCGAUGUGGUUACUUGGUUAAUUUUUUUUCACCUGGAUUCGCUCGUGGAUUUGGAACGAUGGUUAGAGGUAGGGCCCAUUGUUGCCGGGGUGCGCCUCUCCCCACGCUUGUUGCUGAACUAUCUUGUCGCCAAUGCGUUGACGUACCCGUUAUAUGCAACGCAGCUAGCAUUCUGCGCAGCAACGUUCCCACUGCUGCGUGGCGCCAUUUCCCCUCUGAGUGACCCUCUGCAUACACGUCGUGCGAGCGGCAAGCGGAGUCGUGGUGUGCCCAAGGCACCUUCAGUGGAAACCAAAACUGAAGGACGUUUGGCACGAUCGUGUGGGGGGCAUUGGGGUGCUGUGGAAAAGAAAUUAAUUAGCGUUCAUAAAUAG